AGCUGUGGCACAUGCCUUGGGAGCUAAGUGGUUGCUGCACUUGACCGCUAUGAAGACUGGUGUGGGAACAGUCCUUUUGGAUGUACUUCAGCAGGGGUCCCCAACCCCUGAGCCAUGUAGCUGUAAGGAGCCACACAGCAGGACAUGGGACCAUCUUGUUGCAGGAAAAUAAGUUUAACAUGUCCACUGAUUCUACAUUAUGCUCCUGCCUCCCGGCAGCCUCUCCAGAUCCAGAACUUUCUCCAUUCGGCCUCUACGGGACAAGCUCUUGGCUCACAAUGGCCUAUUUAGGCCCAUACCCUACCUCAUGGCAGUCUCCACAGAUGAGGCUACUGCCUCAUGGCAGCCUCCACAGGCCCAGCUCCAUCGUUACAAUGGCCUCUUUAGGCCCAGCUCCUGCCUCCCAGCCUUCUCUCCAGGCCCAGAACUUUCUCAAGUCAACCUCACAAGGCCCAGCUACUGCCUCUCAUCAGCCUCCCAAGGGCCAUCUUUUGCCUCACAGCCACCUUCCAAGACUCAGCUCCUGUUUUACAGCCCAGCUCCUGCCUUCCAUUGGACUCUCUAGGCCCAGCUGCUGCCUCCAGGUGGCCCAGCUCCUGCCUCACAACAACCUCUUUUGGUUCAGCUCCUGCCCAGCUCCUGGUGGCCUUUGUAGGCCCAAAACUGCCUCAAGUCAAGCUCUCCAGACACACCUUCUGCCUCCCAAUGGCCUGGACAGGUGCAGCUCCUAUGUGACAACAGCAUCUCCAGGCCCAGCUCUUGCCUUCCAGUUGACUCUCCAGGCCCAGCUCCUGCCCCCGACGGGCUGUCCAGGCCCAAAACUUGCUCAAGUUGCCUCUUCAGUCCCAGAACUUCCACAAGUGAGCCUCUCCAGGCCCAGCUCUUCCUCGCAGCUGAAUCUCCAGGCCCACCUCCUGCCACAACAAUCUCUUUCGGCUCAGCUCCUGCCCAGCUCCUGGAGGCCAUUAUCCAGCUUUAAGUCUUUGAUGGUCAACAGCAUCAAGGAGCCUAAAGCUUCCGUGGACUCUCAUUUGUUCACUUUACAGCAGAAUGCCUUAGCAAAAACUCUCUCUUAA